ACCCAUUGUCAUCACUCGCCUAAAACCUACCAGCCUUCCAGGGCUUUCCCCUGCUUCUGUGUCAGGCAGUGAAGAAGAGGUGUUGAGAGAAACCUAGGCAGGGAAGCAGAGGGAGGUAGUACUUGUAUUGCAUGCCUCAGAGCUGAAAGGAAAAGCAGCACAGUUAGAUCAGAUCAAGACCUCAUCUGACAUACUUAAAAGAACUGGAAGGAACACCUCCAGGGGCUGGAGAGAGUGGUCAGGAGAGACUCAACUGUCAAAGCGAUCACUUAAGAGUUCAGUGUUUAGGGUUCUUCAACUGUGCAAGAACUUCAUCCAGAUUUUCUGCUGAAAUCCUCUAGGUAAAUGUAAGAAUCAUACAAGGUCACAUAUUAAACAAGGAGAAGGCCAGGGAUUUAAAGUUAUAUACAAAUAAUUGUACACUAUAGUUUGCAAACAUCACUCCAUAGCCAAACACUCCAAACCUUGAAGCCAGAACAUUUGGUCCUUUAUAUAAAUACAGUAAAAACAAAAAAGUGAAUCUUCACAGCCAUCCCAGAGGACACAUAAAUAGUCCAAAACAAAGCCAUAAAUUAACUGCAAAGGAAACUUUGAGUAGUCACACAAUGUCACGCUGGGGACGGAAGAAUGUCAAGAAGGCCCCUGAGGUGAUCAGGACAGUCACUGAGGGCCUCAAGUCACUCUACAGAAAGAAGCUUCUGCCGCUGGAGCAGUACUAUGGCUUCCAUGACUUCCACUCACCGAGUCUGGAGGACGCUGACUUCGACAACAAACCCAUGGUGCUAGUGGUUGGCCAGUACUCUACUGGAAAGACUACCUUCAUCAAGUAUUUGCUGGAACAGGAGGUGCCAGGGAGUCGCAUAGGGCCAGAGCCUACCACCGACUGCUUCACUGCUAUCAUGCACGGAGAUGUGGAGGGGCUCAUUCCUGGAAAUGCCCUUAUAGUGGAUCCCAACAAACCCUUUCGCAAGCUUAAUCCCUUCGGAAACACCUUCCUCAACAGAUUCCAGUGUGCUCAACUGCCCAAUCAGGUCCUGGAAAGCAUCAGCAUCAUUGACACUCCAGGCAUCCUGUCCGGGGCCAAACAGAGAGUUAGCCGAGGAUAUGACUUCCCAGCGGUUCUCCGCUGGUUUGCUGAGCGCGUGGACCGGAUCAUCCUCCUCUUUGAUGCCCACAAACUGGAGAUCUCAGAUGAAUUCUCAGAGGCCAUCGGGGCCCUAAGGGGCAAUGAAGACAAACUCCGUGUUGUGCUGAACAAGGCUGAUAUGGUUGAUACCCAGCAGCUCAUGCGAGUGUACGGAGCUUUGAUGUGGUCUCUUGGGAAAGUGUUUGGUACUCCUGAAGUUCUGAGAGUCUACAUCGGGUCCUUCUGGUCUGAGCCUCUUAUGGUGAAUGAUAACCGCAAGUUAUUUGAGUUGGAGGAGGAAGAUCUGUUCACUGAUAUCCAGAAUCUGCCUCGCAACGCAGCCCUGCGCAAACUUAAUGACCUUGUCAAGAGGGCUCGUCUUGUGAGGGUACAUGCCCAUAUCAUCAGUUACUUGAAGCAGGAGAUGCCUUCUGUCUUCAGGAAGGACAAUAAAAAAAAGAACCUGAUCUACCAGCUCCCAGUCAUCUUCUCCAAGAUCCAGCUACAGCAUCAUAUCUCCCCUGGAGACUUUCCUGAUUGUGCUAAGAUGCAGGAGCAACUAAUGGCACAUGACUUCACCAAAUUCAAAGCCCUGAAACCUAACCUUAUAGCAAUGCUGGAUGAGCUAAUGUCCAUUGAUAUUGCCAAACUGAUGCCACUUCUCAGGCAGGAAGAAAUAGAGGGUGGUUUCCAACAUGGGGUCCAAGGCGGGGCCUUCUUGGGAACCCGUGCUGGACCCUUUGUGGAAGGCGACCCCUUUGGCGAGAACGCAGAUGAAAAUGGCGAGGUGGGUGAGGAAGAUGAGGAAUGGAUUGUAACAAAGGAUAAGCCCAAGUAUGAUGAGAUCUUCUACAACCUGUCACCAAACGAGGGCAAACUGAGUGGCACCAAAGCCAAAGAUUGGAUGGUGAGCACACGGCUGCCUAACUCAGUGCUGGGCCGCAUCUGGAAGCUCUCGGAUGUGGACCGCGAUGGCAUGCUGGAUGAUGAGGAGUUUGCCUUGGCCAGCCACCUGAUUGAAGUGAAACUGGAGGGCCAUGGGUUGCCCCCUGAGUUGCCCGCCCGUCUAGUGCCACCAUCCAAGCGCCGACAAAAAGGCUCUGAUGCUUAGACAAAGCAAGAAUGCACAGGGCCGACAAGGCUUCAACUGAUUCCAUUGUCCACACCUCCUGCACGCUCUGAACUCCAUUCUGGUCCACAGCAGCUGCUGUAUCUUUUUCCUUUUUUUUUUUUUUGGUGCAGUUUUGCCAUUUUGUAACACAUAAUCUUAAAGACAUAAGUCUUAAUUUGUAUUCUUGCUCAAAAUUUCAAAGAUUCUCAGCUGGAAGCCAAAGAACACUGAGAUAAACCAAAGAUUGGUCUCAGUCAUUUGGAAGGAAUGUAGCAUGUGUCAGCCAUUUAUAUUUUUGACGGGAACAUUACACGUCAGUAUGAAAUGAACUAUAGAAAUGCUACACACAUGACUAAUUUUAUAACAUGUUGUGGCUCCUGACCUGAGAAAUUACAAACUGACUUUUGUAGAUAAUUUUCAUUAAUUUGCCUCAUUCAGUGUUGAAAUCUGUAGGCACAGCAUUACAUACCUUACAUGGCUUUUCCAUGCAGCUUUUAUUUUGUAGUUAAAUAAAUAUCAGAAUGUGAAGUUUAGGCAAGCCUUCAACUCUAAAACUCUUUUGACUGCUGACCUGCCUUUCUUUUUUUUUUUUUUUGUUUUUUUUUUUUUUUUUGGAAUAAAUACAUUUUCUAGCAUGUUUCUCCCUUUGCCUUUGAAAUGGAAAAGUGAAUAUACUGUAUGUUAUUUUGUUGUUGUUGUUGUUGUUGUUGUUUUCUUCCUCUUAUUUUGUAUUGAAUGAGCUCUAUUCACACUAUGAUCAAAUGUCACAGAAUUUAUAUAAAUAUAAAAUCAUACAUGUUAAAGGAAACAAAAUGUGGAAAUUUCUUACUGACUACUGUAAACAGUUUCACUGACUGCUUCAGUAAACCAAUGUUAACACAGUAAAUAUACUGAGCUUAAUAAAGACCCAUUGACUGCUUCUUA